AUGGUACAGUUCUUCACGUCCGACGACAAAGAAACAUAUGCCCCGGAGCGUUUCCAGACGUCAUCCAACGGGACUGGAAAUGGAAAUGGAACGAUGAAUCUCCCCCCACGUCAUGCAGAGACAGGCAUCGACGUGCUCAUCGUUGGUGCCGGCGUUGGUGGACUCAUGACGGCCAUGGAAUGCUGGAGAAAAGGACACAAUGUCGUGAGAAUCGUUGAGAGAAACGAGUGUCCCAUCUACACAGGCGACUCGUUGAACAUCCAGCCCUCCGCCAUGUCCAUCUUUCGUCACUGGCCCGACAUGUGUCGGGAGAUCGAGACGGAGCAGUAUGAUGCCAUGAUGAGCUACAAGAAACACAGCGGCGAGCACAUCUACGGACCCUCUCCCCCGUCCUUUAACGACCCCGAGAACAAAGUCGGUCGCCUUGGCCCCCAUGUCGCCUUCAUCCAAAACCGCAUCAAAUUCUACAAGAUGUUCCUGCGCCAGAUCGCCAAACUCGGUUUCCGCAUCGACUAUGGCCAGCGAGUCGUCAACUACUUCGAGGACACCGUCACGGGCAAAGGGGGCGUCGUCCUCGAGACUGGAGAGGUCUACCUCGCUGACGUCGUCGUCGCCGCCGACGGACUCAAGUCGUCCUCUUAUGGCAUCGUCACCGGUGAGAGCGUCCAGCCCCGUCCCAGCGGCAUGGCCAUAUAUCGCACGGCGUAUCCGGUCGAGUACGCGCUGCAGAACGAGACGGUUCGACAGCGAUGGUCGCGCAAAGACGACGACGGGCCGCUCUGGGAGUUCUGGCUUGGGCCUGGUAUGCAUGUAGCCGUGUUCCUGUCGCAUGACACGGCCUCCUGGGCUUUAACGCAUCGUGACAGCGGCUCUGCGGAAGAGUCGUGGGAACCCGACGCCCAUCCGGACGAGGUGCUGAAGAUCAUGGAGCAAAUCCCCGGUUGGGAUCCGGCCAUCCCUGCCCUGAUGCGCACGGCGCCGCGCGGUGCCAUCGUCCACUGGCCCCUACUGUGGCGCGAUCUAAGACGCGAAUGGGUCUCCCCCGGCGGUCGCGUCAUCCAGGUGGGCGACAGUGCGCACUCCUUCCUGCCCUCGUCGGGCAAUGGGGCGACGCAGGCACUGGAGGACGCCGUGACACUGGCCACCUGUUUGCAGCUAGCGGGCCAGCGAAAUGCACCCCUGGCCGCGAAAAUCUUCAACCUGCUGCGGUAUGAACGCGUGUCGUGCGCGCAGAAGAUGGCCUUCGUCAAUGCGCAGAUCAAGCAUCAGACCGAUUGGAAGGCCAUCGAGCAGAAUCCCAAGCUGAUCCGCACGCGGUUCCCCAAAUGGGUGUAUCAGCACGAUCCGGAGGGUUAUGCCUACGAGAAAUAUGGACCUGCGUUUGCCCAUCUGGUGGCUGGAGCGCCCUUCCAGAAUACGAACUUUCCCCCGGGACAUCAUUUCCGGCCAUGGACGAUUGACGAGGUCAUGGAGGAUAUCAAGAAUGGGAAGAAUGUGGAAGAUUUGCUGGAUGGGGACUGGAGCUAG